CAGUGAGCGACCCCCCAGUCUGGUGAGCCAAGAUGAUUCCCGUCCUGAUGUGUGCCCUGGUCUCUCUGAGUUUAGCUCAGAAUGAUUUAGACAUCCUGUUCCCCGAGCUGGAACACUCCAGAACCAUCUAUGUCACAGAAGACGGCCCUAAACUCUCAGUGGCUGCGGAUCAAUUGAAGGUCGUCACGAGACGAGGAGGAAACGCGACUUUACCAUGCAGGAUCCAAAGAGACCAAUCACUGGCUCCGAACCGAAAGAUGAGGGUCAAGUGGACCAAGCUGACCUCGGACUACCUGAAAGAGGUGGAUGUUUUCGUCGCCAUGGAUUAUCACAAAAGGAGUUACGGCAGCUUCCACGGACGUGUUCACCUUCUGGGUUCCUCUCCCAUGGACGCCUCUCUGGUCAUCACAGAGAUCACCCUGGAGGAUUAUGGGAGAUAUAAAUGUGAAGUUAUCGACGGUCUGGAGGAUGGGACUGUGGUGGUGUCUCUUGACCUUGAAGGUAUCGUGUUCCCGUACUUCCCGCGCCUUGGUCGCUACAACCUGAACUUCUACGACGCAGAGCGGGCGUGCCGGGACCAGGAUGCCAUCGUGGCGUCCUUCGACCAGCUGUACGAGGCGUGGAGAGAGAAGCUGGACUGGUGCAACGCCGGCUGGCUGAGCGACGGGACGGUCCAGUACCCGAUCACCACGCCCAGAGAGCCGUGUGGAGGAAAGAACACGGUGCCCGGCGUGCGGAACUACGGCCUGAGGGACAAAGACAAGAACCACUACGACGUGUUCUGCUUCACCUCCCACUACAAAGGUCGGUUCUACUACCUGAUCCAUCCCUCUAAGCUGACCUACGACGAGGCGGUCAGAGCGUGUCAAAAAGACGGUGCUCAAAUCGCCAAGGUCGGCCAGAUGUACGCCGCCUGGAAACUUCUGGGCUACGACCGCUGUGACGCCGGUUGGUUGGCCGAUGGCAGUGUCCGUUAUCCUAUCACCCGCCCCCGCAGGCGCUGCAGCCCCACAGAGGCCGCCGUCAGGUUCAACGGCUUCCCAGACAAGAAGCACAAGCUGUACGGAGUGUACUGCUUCAAGGGCCACAACUGAGCUACAACAACACACACACACACACACACACACACACACACACACACACACACACACACACACACACACACACACACAUUCAUACACUUAUGAGACUUUGUUGAGGUAUGAACAAACACUUUCAAACUGUGAUACUUUUUUUGAUGACAUUCUUAUGACAUUCAUGUCAGAUGAGUCAUGUUGUUGUUAUCUGGGACCUGAUACUCUACGAGUUAUAGUUUACACAUAUUUAAGGUCCACAUUAUUUAAUCAAUGCCUUUCAAGGGGGGUGGUGGGUUGUUUUAAAAUUGGGGGGAAGGGUUGCAAGAUAUAACAGUUACAGCCAUACUGUCAUUCAAGACUGGACUCAACACGUCAUCUUACAAGGAACAACACGUCUGACAGCAGAAUGACUUCAUUGGAUGGAUACUUUGGGCACUUAAUGUUGUGUUGUUCAAGACUUGGAACAGCAACAACAACAACAACAACAACAACAACAACAACAACAACAACAACAACAACAACAGCAAAGCCAUGAAACAGUCUGAAACAAAGGGAAGCUCAAAUCCUGUCAUACUAGUCAGGAAGAAACAAAAGCUGAGCACAACCAAACUGAUCUUUGACAUCCAUAUUCAAAGGGGAAUUCCUGUACUUUUCAACAUGGGCCCUAUUUUUUGUAUAUUUUGGAGUCUAAAUUACUAAAAGGUACAAAACAUGUUUGGGAGUUGCUCUAGUUGACCGCUUCAGUCUGUAGCUGUGAAAAGGCUGUGAUGGCUGCAAUGUAAUCCUUGGAGGCAAGUUCCAAUCAAAAUAUCUUCACCAAAAGUAUUCCUGUUUUGCAACUGACAGGCUCUGAUUGCUCUCUGAAAACACAACAGAAUUGAUGCCUACAGAAAUGGAGUAAGCUUUCGCCUAGCCAGAAACAGAUUUCCUCAAAGCAACCAGCAAGAGCAUGAGACUUGCUAGUCUAACACUGCGUCGAUUGGUUAGUUUCUAUUUUGGUUGUUUGACUUUUAAAGUGGUAAGUGGUGAAUGACCAUGUAAGAGCUAAUUGUGGCAGCAGUGGGCCAGAAAAACCUUUGUCUUGCGAGAUGAAAUUACUCUUUUAGUGGAAGACUUGUGGCUUUGAAUAGAGCAAUGUAGCAAUUGUUCCUGUUUUUGUAUAAAAACUAAUCCUAAUCUUUAAAAACAGGUAUCUGUUGAUAAACUCUCUAAAGACACAGAAUACCAAUCUGAACCUGCCAGUGCCCAAAACAAGCAUUUUCUAUCAAUGAAAGAUAAUGUUACAGCCAUUACAGCUUGUCUGUGUGGGUUCUCAGUCGUCCAGGUCAUGGUAAGUCCAAAGCUCGAUCCAAAGGUAACUGGACUUGAUUGGACUUAGUUGGUCUUCAAGAUCUUCAACCAAGUCCAGUCACCUCUAGAUCAAGCUUGGAAGCCAUUGCAGCAUGUGCCAAGGCUGCUGGCUGAAGCAUCUACUGGAGCAAGUCCGAAUCGUAUUGUCAAUGUUGAUUAUUCAGACCUGAUAUUUGUGGAAAAUAAGGCCCAUUUAAAAAAGUACUUGAAUUACCUUUUGGUCAAGGUGCUACAACUGGUACUUUGUACUUCAUACGUCAGUGUUUUAUGUUUUUAUACAAAUGUGUUGGACCAAACAUCAGUGUCAUCAACUUAAUGAAUAAGAAACAGGAACAUGUUAGCAUUGCUUAUGUUUUUUUAUUAUGUAGAAUGUUAUUAUCUAGAAAUGUAUUUCUGUUUAUGACUAUUUUUUGAUAUACUGUAGAAAUAUUUACAUUACUAUUAUUUGUCUUUUUGGCCAAACUAUCCAGGUCUCUUUGGUUUACAUGAAACACAACAAAACAACAGUGGACAAGUAUUCCACACAAUUAAAAAAAAUAAAAGAUAUACAUUUUGCACUGAACAUGUAGGAGAUGCCUAAAGGAGAAAGCAAACAGUAGUCGGCCUUAGCAGCAGCAGUAGAAAAUGCCUGGCAAGAAUAAAAACCUGACUGUGCUGCAGAGCUCAGUUUUUACAGUGAAUAGACCUUUGAGGCUGUAUCUCUGUUUGGCUUCAUCUUAGACUUCAGAGCAUGACGUAGCUUCUACAAGCAGCUGUCAAUGUAGAUCUCUGCACACACUAUCUAUCUAGCGCCUUGAUAAACUGCUAUUUUUGAUACAGAUACUGUAGUUUCUUAUAGUGGAUGAGCAGAGCCUCACUUCUGACCUCGGCCUUCUCCAUACGUAACUUCUUGAAUCUGUCUGUUGGGGUUUACUGUGCAGACUUUGAUGGAAAAGUCAAAACUUGGAACUGUCGUGUACAAUUAAGUCUUUGCUAGCCUCGUAACCAACAUGUAAAGGCACAGUAUGGAAUUUCUGCCACUAGGGGUCUCUCAAAAUACAAUAAUAAAACAAGUAGUUUGGUAUUGUCGUAAAGUAACUUGAAAUUAUUGGAGUUCUUGUCGUCAUUGUAAAACAACCAUCAUUGCUUUACAUCAUGGUCUAUUCCCACAAUGCUUAGCCACAUUUUCUUACUUUUAUGUUGUUUCUUUCAAUGAAAUACUCCAGUUAUGUUAGCUAUUAUAAAUACUUAGCUGCCUAUCAUCUUAAAGCCUCUGGAUUUGUGAAUAGUGUUGCUCAAGUUAAAGGUUUUACCUGGCAUUAAUUCAUACUGCUGAUUAUCGUAACACUGAAAGAAAAUGUUAGCUUCCAGCUAACUUCCAUUAUAUGGAAGUGGUGACUACUUCCCUUCCUGACUCUGCAUAGAGUUGCACCUUGGUGAACUUUGACUUGCAAAACCUGGCCUCAUCUAAUUACCCAAGCAGUGUAUGACUGACGUUGCUUGGCAAGGCCCAGAUUCAGCGCUACAAGAUACAAAUCUUGUCUCAACAUUUUCACAUGUUGCAUGAUUAGUCCCCUAACAUUGACAACUGAAAAAGGCUAAAUGUGACUUUCAGAAAGCAAACCCUAACUUGUUGGCGAAACCUAACUUGCUGGACAUUUUAACCUUUUUCUUUGAUGAAGCCUAAGAUCUCUGGAUACAUGUGAAAAGAUAAUGUGUUGACAGUCCUUUAGGGAACACUUAAUGACUGAAUCAUGGAGUAACGUAUGGACUGCUGAAAUCACAAAUGGGACUAAGCCAGGCCCUGAGUGAGCAAGGUUUUCCUGGCAGCGACUUGCUCCCUGAUUGCUAUCUAAGCUCUGACCUGUCUCAGAGGUACUGAUCGGACCCAGCGGGCCUGCAGCCAACCUGCACCAGCCUGCUGAACCAGACAGAAAUACAAUACAUUCAAAACACAAAUAAGUCCUGCAUGGAGGCACUAAAGGGCUUCUUCCAUGUAAGGGUAUCAGAGCGUUAACGAUGCACAUUGAUCAAGUGUAAGCUCACCCUACCAGGUCACAGCUGGCCCGGAUCCUGGUUUAGGUCAUCCACUGUGGUCUGGUACUGGGUUAGCUUUACUUGGCUCCAGCUAACGACCAACCAGAGUCCUGCUCCCCUUAUCACUGAAAACCUGCUGGACAGACUCAUAGAAAUACAUUUCUGUAAUGAUACGCCAUAAGACACAGUGGGAAAUAAAAUGUUGGUUUUACAGAACAA